UUAUGCGCGGCUCCCGGCGCCGAGCGUGAACGUGACGCCGCGGCGCGGCUGGAGUCCCGCAGGGCCCAGGGUCCAGGUAGCGUCUUUCACCGGCUGCCUCGUCUGCUCGCCCGGGAACCCACGCGACCGAGUAGUCACGUCGCAGCUCGCCAGCACUUUGUCGGGCUGGGCCAGCGAGGCUGCUUUAUAACUGGCCGGGGCCGGAGCAUGCGCACAGGGGGCGGAGUCGGCCCUCCCGGCCACCGCCCCCUCCCCCCUACACUCACACCCGAACCGCAACUCGCGCCUCCACAGCUCUCAGGCGCGCGCCCGCUCACUCUCUCGCGCGCGCUGGCGCCCCCUCCCCGCCACGUGACCGGCGGCCCGACAGGACCCGAAAGCUGCGCCCCGCUAUGCAACGCCGACCGCGUUGCCGCACUGCUGUGGGGGACUCGCCCUUUCGGCCAGCCGUCGGAGGACCUCGGGGUGACCUACUCGCAUCUGGGACACCAACGUCGAUCUCGCCCUCAGUCUCUGCCAGAGAAAAGGGGGAAACCGCUAAGGACGGAUGGGGCGUGUCCCCCGGCUCCUGACUCAGAGCCUGGUCUGUAGCAUUUGGUGAAUGGUGGGUAUAAAGGCAGAAGUCGGGAGAGAAGAGCACGUCUGACGGUGGCGACACUGGUCCCAAGGGAGGGUCUGUGUGUCGGAAAUAUGAAGAAAUGAGACUGCAGAGAGGCCAACUUUUUAUGGACGCUGAGGAUUUGGGACAAAAUAUAAUUAUAGCUCACAGUUCUGAAGGGCCGAUUGUAUUCUUAGCAGUUCACCUGAACUAUCCUCACAACCCUAUGGUGUUGUUGAAGUGAUCAAAUUAAAUAAUCCUGGAGUGCUUC